AUGACUGUGGCUUCCUUAGGUGGUAAAAGGUGGAGGAGACUUCGGGUCAGACGACAAAUGCUCGCUAUGUUAUCAGCUGCUACUAAGGCCACGUUCCAGAGGAGAAACUGGAAGAUGGUUGUAUGGGUGCUUGUGUCUCUGCUACCCCUGGUGCUGGGAGACAGACCAGGAUUUCAGGAAGAUUCCAAGGAUGCAGAGGGUUUGAUUACUGCCAUAAUGGAAGAGCAGGCAUUUGAUUCUCUGCCAGAAGAAGAGGAUAUGGGAUAUGGAGACGACCAUUUUUUAUGGAAUAUCUAUGAGCCUUCUAUUUUGCUAGACGAGGAACGCCUAGGUCGUUGGGAGCGCUCGCCCCGUGCCUCUGAGACACCCGAUUCCCAGUCUAAGGGCUCACGGAAAAAAAGGAAGAAGAAGAAGAAAGAGAAGGAAAAAACCGAGGAUGGGCGUCGAGGCCAGAGCAGCCGCGACUGCCACCUAGAGAGGCGCGAAAUGCGUGUGAAGGACCUGGGCAUGGGCUACGACUCAGAAGAGAUCGUGCUCUUUAAGUUCUGCGUAGGCACGUGCGCAAGCGCCCGAGGGAACUACGACGCGGCGCUGCAAGCUCUGCUAACCAAUGGCAGUUUACCAAAACGCACUGCGCGCAAGAUCAGUGCUAGGCCCUGCUGCCGGCCCACUGAUUACGAGUCCGUCUCCUUCAUGGACACGUCCACGACGUGGAGGACCAUCGAGAAGGUCUCAGCUUCUGACUGCGAAUGCGUGGGCUGA